AUGGCAUCCAACCAAACACGCGCCAUCACGCGGAACCGUGAGCGCCUGGUCUGCACCGAAUGUCGACGACGCAAACUGAAAUGCGACCGAUCAACGCCCUGCAGCAGCUGCGUUCGACGAGGAGUCUCGUCAUCGUGCGAGUACCAUCGCUCUGGCCGUAUUUUGGAAGAUGGACGUCAGCGUCGUGUGCUCGCUGAGGAACGCCUGGAGCAUCUUGAGAAGCUUGUGCAUCAGCUGGCUACCCAGCGGUCUGAGGCUACUCCCGCUUCGUCUGGUCAGGGACUAUCUACAGGUCUAUCGGGAGGACCAACAGAUUCGGCAGUCGACGACCUGUUCUACAACGGCUCAACCCACUGGUCGGCAAUGCUGCAAGAUAUCCAAGCCCUGCGGUCAGCAAUGACUUGCGAGGUUGCCGAAGACACCGAGGUGGAACCUCCGGAACAGAUCUCGGAUACCGGAAUCAGUCUUCUCUUCGGGGCCGCCCCCUCCGGUCUCCUCACCUUCUCCGAAGUCCUCGCCCAUUAUCUCCCGUCUAGACAAGAAACCGACCGAAUGAUAGCCUCCUACUUCAGGCACAAGUCCACCGCUGCGCCAUUCAUCCAUGCCGCCCAGUUCCGGCGCCACUACCAAUCCUUCUGGGUCUCCCCGACCAGCGCGCCUCCACUCUGGGCUUCUCUUCUCUUCUCCAUAUGCCACAUUUCCUCCAAAAGCCACGGCGGCUCCUCUCCAAAUAACCCAGACUCAUCGCCGAGCACUCACUUCUCUCUCGCCUCCGCGCACUGCCUCGCUCUUGGCUUCUACUUCCGCCCGCAGCCAUUGGCCGUGGAAGCCCUCCUUCUCUUCGCCCAGGCUCAAUGUCUCACGUGUCUCGAACUCCCUUCAGAUCUCGGGACGCUCUUCGGCUCACUGAUUCGGGUUGCAACACAAAUGGGCUAUCACAGGGAUCCGGACGUCCACGGACCCGGCAAGUUCACGCCGUUCGAGGCGGAGAUGCGCAGAAGAACAUGGUCCGUAGCCAUGCAGCUUGACUUGCUCAUAUCUUUUCAUUUGGGCCUCCCUAGUAGCGUGCAGUAUCCGACAUGGGAUACCAAGACGCCGCGGGCCAUCAUUGACGCCGAUUUGCGGGAGGAUAUGACCGAAUUGCCUCCGGAGAGGGAAUAUUCAACCGAGACACUAUUUUACAUAGUGAAGCAUCGGUGCAUGCGAGUGUUUGAGAAGAUAAUGAGACACGUAUUAGCGAUGGAGCCUCAAACCUUUGUCAAUAACGAAAAAGGGCAGCCUGAAGAUGAGGAGCUUAACGUGCUGGAACAGGAGAUGCGCGAGGUGUACGCCGCUGUACCAGAGUAUUUGCGACCGAGACAAAUGGCGGACUCGGUGGUCGAUGCGCCUUCGACCAUUGUCACGCGGUUGUGCGUGUCGAAUCUAUACAACAAGUGCUUCUGCGUUCUACACAGACCGUAUGUGGUGCUGGGGAGGGCGGACAGUGUGUCGGCGUGCUGGUCGUCCUCGAAGGCUAUCGUGCAUCAUAUGAUUGAUGUGUACAAAGAAUUCGCCCCCGGAGGGCUAUUGGAGACGGAGAUGUGGUUUAUGUGCAGUCUUACCUGGCACGACUUCUUAUUCGGCGCCACGGCACUGUGCCUGGCGCUCUGUAAGAUGAAGGACGGCGGGGAGGCUCCGGACGCCGAUGUCGAGUUGCUUCAGAAAGCGAGAGCCAUCUUCGCGGAGCAGGCGUCAAGGAGGGCAAAAGAUACCAUGAGGGUUGUCGCCGUUAUCGACGCGACAGUUCGUUAUGUCUGGAACCGAGAGGUUACUGCAACCCAGAGCUCUGCCAUUUCGGCUCCUGAUGUAGAGAUGGCCUCGGAGGAUGUCGAAACCAUUCUACAAUCCGUCCAAUUGGAUGAAACCUGGGCAUUUGGUGGUUUUUCUGUCACGGCUGGGCCUUUGGAGGACCCGACUUGGCGAUAUAUGGAGCAAUUGCUAGAUCUUGAGCCACAAUGA